AUGGGAAGCAAACAUGACAGGCAAGUAGAGGCUCUGGGCGGUCCGGUCGACGUGAUUGCUACCCAGCCAAUUCCGACCCCGGCUCCCACAGCAACAUCUGAACAUGGCCGAGGACACAUAGAGUCGAGUGAUAGUAGCAAUCCAUUGGAAUCCAUUCCUUCCCGCCUUACGUGGCGACUGUACGUCUCGCAUUUCCUGUCGACCUGGAACUCGAGGCUCUUCGAGUUCGCCGCGGUGCUCUUCCUUGCUUCCAUAUAUCCCGAUACCCUUUUGCCCAUGUCUGUUUAUGCCCUCGUGCGAAGUGCCGCAGCUAUCGUCUUUGCCCAGGCAGUCGGAUCCUGGAUCGACAGCGGUAACCGACUCACUGUCGUCCGAGUCUCCAUUUUAGGACAGCGCAUUGCUGUCGUCCUCAGUUGCGGGAUUUUCUGGGCACUGGAACUGAGAAAAACUCGCUUGGAAAAGGGAGUCAAGGAUGGAUUGUUCGCCGCCGUCGUAUUGUUGGCGUGCGUGGAGAAGUUGUGCGCAGUAAUGAAUCUCGUCUCCGUUGAGCGAGACUGGAAGGCCAUGAAGAAGCCCGAAGAAGCAGCCCUAAAUGCCCGUAUCCGACGCAUAGAUCUGCUCUGCAAGCUUGUUGGCCCGCUAGUCAUCUCGUCGAUCGCAAUUGCUUCAACCCUUGCGGCUAUCUGGACAACUCUUGGAAUGAAUUUAGCAGCGGUAGUGGCGGAAUAUGUGUGCAUUGCAGCUGUGUAUAAUAUGGUGCCGGAUCUGCGUCGAACGCCACGCCCUGAUGAGCCAAAUGCGGGAGAAGACCCGUCAGGCCUUUUGGCUCCGGAUGCAGAGCCUCUAGCUCGAAAGCCAUGGUCUGAGCGAUUGAAGUCGACGGCCCACAGUAUCUUCCCCCUCUCGUCGCUGCCGUUCUACUUCGGCCAUACCGCCUUUUUGCCUUCGUUCUCACUUGCCCUUCUGUACCUCACAGUGCUAUCUUUCUCGGGUCAGAUGAUCACGUUCCUCAUCUCAGUCGGGUAUAGUUCUGCGCACGUCGGCAUUGCUCGAACAGUUAGCACGAUCUUUGAACUUAGUGCUACGUGGAUUGCACCACGCCUCAUGGCUCGUAUCGGUGUAGUUAGGGGCGGCAUCUGGAGCCUUUCUUGGCAAAUGAUCUGGCUAGCUGCGAGCGUCAGCUGGUUCAUGGCCGAUGUUCAUCGAGAGGGGGCCAAUCUAAUCGUAGCCUCGACAGUGCUUGCUGCCGGUGUGGCCGUCAGCCGUGUGGGACUCUGGGGGUUCGAUUUAUGCGCGCAGAACAUUGUUCAAGACGAGGUCGAGCCCGGCCAUCGGGGUGCAUUUUCAACAGUCGAAGCCGCUUUCCAAAACCUCUUCGAGCUAGUUUCUUACGGAACGACGAUCGUUUUUUCGCGUCCGGACCAGUUUCAGUGGCCUGUUGUCAUCAGCGUAGGCGCGGUAUAUCUAGCUGGAGGCUUGUAUACUUAUUUUGUGCGCCAGAGACGUGGUCAUCUGCUCCAUGCUCCGCCCUGCAUCUCGACCGUUACCCCUAAAGUCUUUGCGAUGCCGCAAGCCCGAUCCCACAAUCCUUCCGUGCACUGGCCUCGAACCGGCCUCAUCUGGCCCACGGGCAAUACGACGAAGGUUAUCCGCCCCAUUGGCGAGAAUAGGCGCUGGCGCGAUGCCAUUUUCCGUGCUCUCGACAGCCAGGAGGGCGAAAUCCGCACCAAAGCAUUUGUCGACAAGUGCUUCACCGAUCUCGUCAUUCAAGCCAAGGCCCUAAUUCCACGACUCGAGGAGAUCAGUGUCAUCGACUAUUUUGACGAAGUCCGACAACGCGUCCCUUGGGCUACUGGACUGCAUCCUGUUAUCCUUGGCGCGCUUUUCGUUGAGCUCACCCGCGCCCGGGCGCAGUGGUGGGCCAAUCCGAAAGCCCCCCACGACGUCAACCAGCAUUCCCCUUGCGCCCGCGAAGUGGACGGUUUUCGCGAGGCUCUAUACAACUCUCUUUCGCACAUUAAAUACGUCGUGCUAGACCUUGACGAUAACGGGAAUCUUGACCAGGUUUCCGAGGGCCCAAUCGCGUUUUUUAUUGACAGCGGCCUCCUCGGGGACCUUCCUCAGAAUCAGACCAUUAAGUCGGAGCUCGAGAACGGUGUUCACCGCCUCACAAUUAGCGGAAAUCAGGGCUUGGAGGAAGAUGAGGAUAAAGUCAUCGAGAUCCACGUCUAG